CACUCACACACACACACACACACGCACACACACGGGCAGACAGCCGCCGCUUCGGGGAAGAUGGAGGAUGGUGUGGCAGUGGCGGAGCGGACCUCCAGCCCGCAGCGACCCCGCUGCUGAACGCAGCAGCCCUGACCUCUCAGCCCUUUCUACUAAGUCGUUCAACUCACCGGAACCAGGCAGCCAUGAACCCCCAGGAGACAGAGCUCGGCCAGGAGGUCACGGAGGAGGCCGAUGCGCCGCAUCGCCAUCGUCACAAUAACCACAGCGGCCGCUCCCGUAACCACAGCAGCCAGGAAAAGCGCUACAGACGCGUUGAAGCCCCUGCUGGAGGCAGCGCCGGCAGCAGAGCGAGGGUUCCCCAGCAGCGCAGGCCGCAGGAGGAGCAGGAUGUGGAGGUGCAACAAGGGGCUCAGGGGUCUCCGCAGCCCCGGCAGCCCAUUCCCCGACCCGCGGUGACGCGUUACCGCCGACAGGGGGACAGCGAGGCCCGGAUCAGAGCCCAGCAGCAGAGGCACAGACAGAGGCAGCAGAGGGAGGCGGAGAGGGCUCAACAGCUGGCACGGCAACAGGAGAAGCAGCACCGCGCUGAGAUGAGCCGGGAAGACGAACGAGAGAGAGACGACUCGGUGCUCGCCCGCUCAGCGAGCACCGAGAGCGGCUUCCACACUCACACCGACCGGGCAGAGGGGGACGAUGGCCUGGUGAUCAUGUCUCACGAGCCGGAGGGGCAGCCGGAGGUUGAGGACGAGGCGGGGGACUACGCGGUCCAGCUGCGGCCGGAGGCGGAGGGCUACACUGAGAGUGCCGAGGCUGAACAGCAGCACCUCCAUCUACACCCUAACCAUCCUCCUCAGGCCGCGCCACGUGAACCCCUGCCUGACAUCCAGGACCUGCACAGGCCGGCCGAAGCAGAGGAGAUGCUGAGCGCUGGCUACUCCAACUACGUCUACACCACCGGAGGAAGGGCAGAGGUGUCCGCCGGCCAGAGCUUGGAGAGUUUAGAUGGCGCCCUGGCGGACGAAGCCUACUCCGAUCCGUACGACAUUUACUCUCUCUCAGAGCACGUUUACGAGGAAAUCCGCGACGCUCCCGCGUCAGUUUCGUCUGCCGCAGGCGAGGACACUGAGUCACUCAGACAGAGGCGCGCCGGCUUUCAGCUGCUGGAAGGCCGGUCGGGAGACGGGGACUACCAUCAACAGGAGGCGGUGGGUUCCCGUCUCCGUCACUAUGACGAGCGCUCCGAUGGAGAGUCGGACAGCCCGGAGAAGGAGGCCGAGUUUGCCCCGUACCCGCGCGCCGACAGCUGUGACCGCGAGGAGGACAUCGACAGCAUCGUGGCGGAGGUCAAAGAAAGCCUGAGCUCUCAGAGUCUCCACCGUGCUCUGGAGGACACCAUAGAUGAAGAGAAUGAGCGUCAGCAGGGUGAAGAAGUUACCCCAAGACACGAGUGCCAAACUGACUCAGACAGAAACCACAAAUCAUCCAGCCCAGCGAAGCCAGCCGGCAAAGAGGCCGCGAGCCCCUCAGAGGAGCUUGUAGCAGUGAGGAACAGUCAGGAGAAGAGGGACGCCAUAUCCCUGGCCAUCAAGGACAUUAAGGAGGCCAUAGAGGAGGUGAAGACCAGAACGGUGAGAUCUCCAUACACACCGGAUGAGCCCAAGGAACCCAUUUGGGUAAUGAGGCAGGACCUGAGCCCCACUGCAGAGUGUGACCUGACGCCAUCGCUGGGGGGUGAUUCCCCGGGGUCGAGCUCGCCCUCCCCGCCAGGAGCCGAGUCAUCCACUAGACAUCUGCUGCAAGAAGACAGCUUUGAAUCUUCCCCCUCUAGUAAAGAGUCCCGGAGAAGCCUCGCGUCCUUCCCCACGUAUGUGGAAGUCCCAGGCCCGUGUGACCCGGAGGACCUGAUCGACGGGAUCAUCUUCGCAGCCAACUACCUGGGCUCCACCCAGCUGCUGUCCGAUAAGACCCCGUCCAAGAACAUCCGCAUGAUGCAGGCGCAGGAGGCCGUCAGCCGCAUCAAGACGGCCCAGAAAUUAGCCCACAACAGGAAGAAGGUGCAGUACCUACGCCCUGGAGGAGAGCCUCAGCCCAUGACCGAGGUGGAUCUCUUCAUCUCCACCCAGAGAAUCAAAGUCCUCAACGCCGACUCGCAGGACACCAUGAUGGACCACCCUCUGCGGACCAUCUCUUACAUUGCCGACAUCGGCAACAUCGUGGUCCUGAUGGCCCGGCGCAGGCAGCCUCGGCCCGACUCCCAGGAGAACGUGGAGGCCUCGGACGGGGGUCACGAGAGCAAGCGGCAGUACAAGAUGAUAUGCCACGUGUUCGAGUCUGAGGAUGCCCAGUUGAUCGCCCAGUCCAUCGGGCAGGCCUUCAGUGUGGCUUACCAGGAGUUCUUGCGAGCCAACGGCAUUAACCCCGAGGACCUGAGCCAGAAGGAGUACAGUGACUUGCUCAACACUCAGGACAUGUACAACGAUGACCUCAUCCACUUCUCUAAGUCGGAGAACUGCAAAGACGUGUCCAUAGAGAAAGCCAAGGGGGACAUUCUGGGCGUGGUCAUUGUGGAGAGCGGCUGGGGCUCCAUCCUGCCCACUGUCAUAAUCGCCAACAUGAUGCACGCCGGGCCGGCUGAGCGCUCCGGCAGACUGAACAUAGGGGACCAGAUCAUGUCCAUUAAUGGGACCAGUCUGGUGGGACUGCCACUGUGCACCUGCCAGAGCAUCAUCAAGGGUCUGAAGAACCAGUCUGGGAUCAAGCUAAACAUUGUCAGAUGUCCCCCAGUGACCACCGUACUCAUCAGAAGGCCAGACCUCCGCUACCAGCUGGGCUUCAGUGUGCAGAACGGCAUUAUCUGUAGCCUUAUGCGCGGGGGCAUCGCAGAGCGCGGCGGCGUCCGAGUGGGUCACCGCAUCAUCGAGAUCAACGGCCAGAGCGUGGUGGCCACGCCCCACGAGAAAAUAGUCAACAUCCUGUCCAACGCCGUGGGAGAGAUCCACAUGAAGACGAUGCCGGCAGCCAUGUACCGCCUGCUGACCGCCCAGGAGCAACCCGUUUACAUUUGACAAGACAAAGCUCUGACCCCCCCGGACCACUCACCCCUCUCCCCCCUUUAUCCACAGUAGUGAGUUGUUAGCAUGAUGAUUCUGUUGCUCAGUUGCUCUACAAGAACGUAGACAUCCAACCAUCCAUCUGCUGUCACUGGCUCUUACUUUGGAGACCUGUACAAUUGGUAAAAGAGCGUUCGGACAUGAUGCAUUCAGACACCCAAAAGAGAACAAAAAGAUCCCGGUUCACUGUUAUUGUUAAAAACAAACAUGGUGAAAACAAUUCUUUAAUGUAGCUUACAUUUUCCAGCCACUGAGACAAUUUUGGUCAUUGUUAAAUAAGAAGAGUGAGAACUUCUUACACACUAGAAACCUUAAUGAGCGGGAACAGAAGCCUGAUUGUGAAAUUCAUCUGCCCAUUCGACCCCUGACCCCUGACCCCUGACCCCUGACUGUACCUUCGGCCAUGCCGCUAUUUCACUGUCAGGCCUUUGCCUGUGUCUUGUUGUCUGUUUUUCAUGCUGUCGCUCCAUCUUUCGGGCCGAGCUUGGCUUCCUUUUCAGCUCUCCCUUCUCUCUGCUGUUACCCACUCCGAAUACUGCACCCCGGGCCCUUUGCACCACCCAGGGCUCUCCACAGGAGGGUGUGUGGCUCAAUCCUGCUGAAAUUAUUUCACAUUCCAACUCCUUUUUUUGCACGUCAUAUUUCCCGCUGAAACGAUAGCCGCUGUCUCCGUUUUGGCUUUCGUUGCCGUCUCUUCUGUACGUUGCACUAGCAGGAGCUCUGUUCCCUUACAGUGUUCAACCAGCUUGACUCACACGGGACCCCACCUAGGUCCAGGUUUGUUGCACAAACUGCAUGGUUUAAAUAA